AUGGUCAAAGAAAGCGGUAUGAACCAGACCAACCAGCAGAUUAGUCAUUUGACUAAAGCGGUGGCCAAACUGGAGGAGAAUGCCGGUAAACUUCCAGCUAUGGGAAUCAACCCCAGAGAACAUGCCCAAGUUGUGCUAACUGAGUUUCCAAAAGGAGAGGAUAAGGAAGAAGAGUUGUUGGCUGAGGCUGAACUGAUCCAAAGAAACCUGAAUAAAAGUGGUGAAGGUCUAACCGCUGAACAAGUUGGAGGUAGCAAUCUAACCGACGCACCCUAUCCAGGACGCCUGAGACAGAAAGCCAAAGAGAAGGAAGCAAGUGAAAUGAUGAAGAUGUUCCAGAAAGUGGAGUUAAGCAUACCCUUACUCAAUGCUAUCAGACAAAUUCCAAAGUAUGAUAAAUUUUUGAAGGAUCUUUGUUCAAGAAAAAAGUUACCCACAAAGCGGAAGGACCCAGGAAUGUUCACCAUCCCGUGUAACAUUGGUGGAACAAACAUGGAUAAGGCCAUGAUGGACUUGGGAGCUUCCAUAAAUGUGAUGCCAUUGGCCGUUUACAAGAGAUUGAAUAUUGGGGAGAUGAGAAACACCCGUGUGGUCAUACAGUUGGCCGAUAGAUCCAACGCCUAUCCUGAAGGAGUAGUAGAAGACGUACUGAUUAAAGUUGGGGAUUUGAUCUUCCUAGCUGACUUUCACGUUUCGGACACCGGUCCAGAAACUGGAGAGAAUGCUAUACUAUUGGGAAGACCAUUCAUGAUGACCGCUGGAACCAAAAUUGAUAUGAAAACUGGAAUUUUAACAUGUGAGUUCGAUGGAGUCCAGGAAGAGUUCAACAUCUAUGAAACCAUGAAGAGGAAGCAAGCAAUGGAAACGGUGGACAUGAUCGAUGUGUUUGAGUCCCUAGUACAAGAAUAG